AUGAGAAGAAAUGGUGUCGACCUCACUGAUGAAUUGAAGAAGCAAGGGUGGGAAAACUACUUUCGACGUCUCUAUGGCCCAGUCUACACUAAUCUGGUAAAAGAAUUUUGGAGGUUCGCUGAUGCUGACGAUCACUACAUUGUCUCAUACAUUCUGGGAGUCAAGAUAGUCAUCACAGAGAAAUUAAUUGUUGCUCUUCUUAACAUGGAGAAGAUUGGAGGAAGACGCAUAUACAACAUCAAUCCUAGGGCAAAGUAUAUGUCUCAUGAGAUAAACCCUACAAUUUUUCAACAGAGUGCUGAAGGAAAGCAUUCCAAGAACAAGGAACUGCAUCAGAACCUUCGGGUAUGGCUUAAGAUCAUGUUAGGCACCAUCCAUCACCGCCCAGCCUCCAACUCCUCAGAUUUCAUCAACACAUACCAGAAAUGCAUUAUGUAUUGCACUCACAAGGCUCUGAAGCUCUGUCUUCCUGCACUCCUCUUCAAAUAUCUUAGAGACUCCGUGAAAGAUACCAGAAACAACAUGAAGACAAGAAAUUACAUUCCUCUAGGGAGACUUAUAUCUGAUGUGCUGAUUGGAAGUGGCCUCGUGGAACAUUUGAUACAACUCAGACUAAUGGAAGAUGUGAUGAUAGAUACUGGAAGACCUCCGAAUGCUCGCAAUCUGAAGAGCAUGGGAAUUAUUAAUCAAGUCAGGGUCAAACCAUCUUUGGACACCUCCUGGGAAACACUUAAAGAUCAGAGGGAGAUCCCAAAUGGACUUUAUUUUUUCUCAAGGAUCGACCCUCCAGAGGUAGUCGCGUACUAUUUAGAGGAUCUGCGCAAACAAGGAGUAGACAUCUCAGAUUUCUCCUUAGACUGGCUGCCUGAAUUUCUUCCAGAUUUCAUGAAGAGGACACGAGAACCUUCUGAGAAGACAAAGCAGGCAAAAAGAGCAAAGCUGGGAGAACCAUCUGGAUCAAGACCUCCAGUACCUCUGGUUGGAUCACUUAGUAAGUUUGUACCUCUCCCUCCUUCUGUAAAAAUUAAACCAGUUGCUUCCUUACUCCCUCAACCUUCGUCCAUAUACACAACCUCUGAAACUCCUCCCUCAACCUCUAGACCCUCUAACCAACCUUCUCAAAAAUUCAAUCUUGCCACCAUAUCUCUACCUGUUUCAGAAGUAGAAAUGUUGAACGAAACCACCUCACCCUCCUCAUCACCAUCUCUACAAUCCCCACCAUACUAUAGUCUUUCAUCUGACACUGAACCUCCUGACCCUCACUCUCCAACUCUGGCUCAGCUCCAAAACUGUGCUCUGGCCUCUCAACAGCCAACCCACUCUAACCCCGCACCAGAAGUUACCUCUCCACCCCCAGAAAACCCAAACACAACCACCUCUGAACCUCCACCAUCAGAACCAAUCCACUCUGCAUCACAACCUUCCCAACCACAACACUCUGAAAUACCCUAA